AUGCGGUGCAGGGUUAAGCUGAUUGGGUUUGCGCGCGUGAUGUUUGCUCUGGUGCCGUCCUGGCGCUCGGCCAAGGACGGAACAGCCCUGCUUCUGCUGUACCAGCCUGCCUCGCCGGGCUGGCGGGGCUGGGUGCUGGACUGGUUCCGCCUCAAUCUGGGCACGCGCCUGCUCCCCAUCGCCCUCAUGGGCGUGCUCAUGGACCAGCCGCCGCUGGCGGUGCUGCUGCAGCAGGCGGCGCUGACGGCGCUGACCGCCAACGGCGCCGGCUUCUGCGCCACGCCCCUGCUGGCAGACCCGCUGUCCCGGGAGCGGCUGGAGCGCGUUUGGCAUGCGGUGGAGCUGGUGCCCACCAUGGUGCCCUCCCUGGGCCCCUGGCUGACCGACUCAGAGGCUCGGCAGCACGAGCUGCGUUGCGUGGCGGUCCUCAGCAUGCAGCAAUGCAUCCUGGGUGUUGCCGUUCCUACCCUCAUUGUCGGCUCGGCCUUCAAGUGGCCCUGGAGCUACACCACGCAUCGACAGCGGCGGCGGCAGCCCGAGGCGCCGGAGGAGGGGCAGGAGUGGGACGCGGCUCGAUGGCAGCGACGCGGCCAGGCAGCGUGGCGGCGCAGCUGGGGCCAGGGAGCCGUGGAAGGCGCGGGCGCGGCAUGGGAUUGGGCAGAUGAGGCGCUCACCGACUUCUGCGCUGGCCACGGCUACCCGGCGCCCCAUGUGGAGCGCGGCAUCAUCCUGACCCUCCUCUCGGGCUUCCUGUGGCUGCUGUGCAAGGCCUGGGCGCAUCAUCAGGGCAUGACGAGCAUGUACAAGCGGCGCCGAGGCAAAGGAGGAGGCCUGGCGGCGGUGCCCUCCCGCCUGGGGGUCGCGGUCGCGGUGUGCCUCGCCGCCCUGGCGCCGCCAGCGGCAGGCCAGAUGCUGUCGCCGCUCAGGGGGCAGGGCUCGCCCGACCUCGCCACCACCGAUGUCUACGUCAGCGUCUACCUGGACCGGUUGCUGGAGGUGGACGAGCGCAACUACCGCACCGAAAUGAUCAGCUACUUUUACAUCACAUGGACGGACCCAGGGGCGUUUACCACGGUGGUGGAGACCACCGCGGCCUGGCUGGCGGGCAACCGCAGCUGCGACCGACAGUGCACAGACUGGGCGGGGGCGGUGGCGUGCUGCGACGACAUUUACAUCCCCAGCUUCUUCUUCAGGAAUGUGUACGGCUUCCCGCAGGACCGUGCCUCGGGCGACAAGAUUGCGCUGCUGCCCGCCCCCAACAACAGCAUCGCCUGGAACCCAAUGGACCUCAGCCACUUUCCCUUUGACUCCUGGGACCUGCUGAUGACUGUUGAAUUCAUGGACACCAGCACCCCAGACCACCCCGGCGUGGUGGUGCACACCAGCAGCGGCGGCACCUCGCUCUUCACGACUGGCAAAGGUGACCCGGUGUCGCAGUGGGGCAUCAACGGCAUCAGCCUGACUGUGACCAGCAGGCUGCUGCCCAACCCUCAGAAGUUUGUGCAGGCCUUCUCAUAUAUUCCUUCCAACCCCGACGACCCGCUGGGCCUGACCAACACCGACGCGGCCCUGCUGCGUGGCUGCCGCCCCGGCGCCACCACCCUGGCGGCCGCGCGCAACAGCACCACCAUCAGCGUCAAGAUACGCAUCGAGCGCUUCUACAGCUACCACGUGCUCAACACAGUGCUGCCGGUGCUGCUGCUGGGCCUGCUGUCCUUUGUUGUCUUCUACCUUGAGCGGGCAGACCUGAGCAGCCGGCUGGGCAUCGUGGUGACGCUGUUCCUGGCCAUGGCGGCCCCCGCCUCCAGCUAUGUGCUGCCCACGCAGCAGGCCGCCAUCGCCACCUACGUCCUGCUGACGCUCAUUGCUGUGGAGUCGAUUGUGGUGUACCGGAUUGAGACUCGGGAGGAGCGGGCGCACAAGCGGCAGGCGCUGUGGGAGGCGCGGGAGCAACACAAGGCGGCCAAGAGGGCCGCCGCCGGCAUGGCAGCAGCGGAGAAGCAGGGCCUGCCAGUGCAGCAGCAUGAGCUCGGCGCGCCGACCACCAACGGCUCCUACGCGAGUCCACCGGCAGCAGCAGAGGUCGCACUAGCAGCGGCCGGCGGCACGGCGUAUGCACACGCCGGCGCCGUCCCGGCGGCGGCGAACCAGCAGCAGCGCCGCCGCAACUGGCGCUGCUGGGGCAAAGCCGGCGCCGCGCCAUCACGUCCGACACCUCUGGAUGUAGCGUAUGAUGCGUGGAAGGCUUAUGCCAUUGACAAGUGCUCCAUGUUUGUGCUCCUCGUCCUGUACGUUGUCACAGUGAUACUCAUCUACGCCCUGCAGAGCGGCUACAUCGACCUGUGGGCCUGA